UCCCGGCGCAGUUCUGGGGUGGGAGCCCCCGACCUCGAGCUCAGCGGCGGAAGCUUCCGUGGGAGCGGAGCUGGGUUCCCUCCCCGAUGGAGGGAAGCGAGGGGGGCUCGGGGGCCCCGGGCCCGGCAGAGAGGUCCCACCGCAGCAGCGUGUCCUCCGUGGGAGCCCGAGCCGACGUGCUCGUGUACCUCAUGGAUGACAGCGCGCUGCCCCUGGCCGUGGAGAACGUGGCCUCCGUCACCGCCCAGGACCUCCAUCGCACCAUCCGGGAGGCCCUGCAGCUCCCCGACGUGGCCGUGGAGGCCUUUGCCCUCUGGCUCAUCUCACCCUUGCUUGAGGUGCAGCUGAAGCCCAAGCACCAGCCCUACAAGGUUUGCCGGCAGUGGCCCGACCUGCUGUACCGCUUCACGGACGCCUCGGAGGACGACAUGGCCACGGAUGAGCCUUCCCUGCAGUUCCGAAGGAACGUCUUCUUCCCAAAGCACAAGGAGCUGCAGGUCAACAACGAGGACGUCUUGAGGCUGCUGUAUGAGGAGGCCAAGUUCAACGUGCUGGAGGUGCGCUACCCCUGCGACGCGGAGGACUGCGAGAAGCUGGGGGCCCUGGUGUGCCGCCUGGAGCUGGGGCCGUACCGCCAAGGCCAGCAGACGGCCUGCGCCGUGAAAGAGAAGCUGGACUCCUUCCUGCCUGCCCAUCUCUGCAAGCGACCUCACAGCCUCUUCACAGCCUUCCGCAGUCGGGGCCCCCGGCUGGUGCCCGGGGAGCAGGGCCUGCUGAGCGCCUACCGGGAGGUGAAGGAGGAGGCCGUGGGGGCGGAGGCCGAGCUGCUCACCAGGCAUUACCGGGCCUAUCUGCUCAAGUGCCACGAGCUGCCCUACUACGGGUGCGCUUUCUUCUACGGCGAGGUGGACAAGCCGGCCCAGGGCUUCCUGCACCGCGGCGGGCGCAAGGCCGUGACCGUGGCCAUCAACCUGGAGGGCGUCCACGUCAUCGACAUCAAGGAGAAGCACGUCCUCCUGGGCCUGCGCUUCCAAGAACUGUCCUGGGACUACACGUGCUCGGGCGACGACGAGCCCGUCCUGUGGCUGGAGUUCGACGGGGAGAGCGAGGGCACGCCUGUCAACAAACUGCUGAAGGUCUACUCCAAGCAGGCCGAGCUGAUGAGCGGCCUCAUCGAGUACUGCAUCGAGCUGAGCCUCACCAGGGAGCCUCCCCCGGCCCCGGAGACGAAGGUCGGCCCCCCGGCCGGGCCCGGCCCCUCUCAGCGCCACAAGCUCCGGAGGCAGAGCAGCGUGGUCUGCAGCCGGCUUCAGCACCUGGCCACCAUCGACUACGUGGAUGACGGCAAGGAGAUCAAGCGGGUGAAGCCCAAGCGAACGACUUCCUUCUUCAGUCGCCAGCUGUCCCUGGGCCCAGCGGCCUACACCGCGGUCCAGCCCGCGGACAGUCUGGAGCAGGGCUGACGGGCCCAGAGGACCAAGCGCCCGCCUGACCCGCAGCCAGCACUGCCCUGGGGGCACCGGCCCGCCCUCGCCUCCCGGACGGGCCACUCUGCUAAAUUAUUCCUCUAAUUUAUACGUGCUUCCUUCCUCUGCCUGUGGCCGGUGACUCGGUGAUGGGACCUUGCUCCCCUGGGCCCAGAGUUGGGGGCCUCGGUGCCCUCCCCCUCUGCAGGGGCCGGCCUUUCCCUCCCCACAGUGCCUGCUACUGUCUGAACAAGCUGGGCCUUGAAGAAUCAGCCAAAGGAGCAUCCGGCUUGGGGUCGCAAUGGCGGAGCCGGGUUCAGGGCCCCUCUCUGGCCCAGCGGCCGUGGCAUCGCACCAUCCACAUUCCUUCUGCCAGACAAAUGGUCACCUUCCCCUCCUGGGGCCGCCGGAUGCCCCCGGCUCUCGCCCCCCACCAGAUGGCCGGGGAGACCUGCCCCCCAAGCUCUUCCGGGAGGCCCCAGCCUCUCCUCGGGUGUUUCUGCUGGCCCGCUGCUUGUUAGGUGACAGAAGACUGGGACGGGCUGGCUUGGGGGCACUCUGGUGGGCUCGGAAUUCCCAUUGUCACCCGGGACACAGUCUCCCUUUCAUCCCCAUGAAAGUUCUGCUUUCUGGGUUGAGCCCGUGCCACCCACGGGCCCUUGGUCUGAAUGCCCACUUGUUGUGCCCGGGGCUUCUGGGACCCCCACGAGUUCCAGAGCUUCACCCAGGCCUAUCUACACUGACUGUUUGGAUUCCCCAGGCUGGCUCUGGGAUGCCCCGCGGGCCCAGCUGGUGUGGGCAGCUGCCUUUGUUUCCCCCCUGCCAGCCUGUGCUCAGCAGGGGCACCUGGAGGGAUUCUCUGUCACCUAAAGCAAGACAGCUUAACUCCGUGCCUUAACUUUCACGGAAGCACAAUUCUAAUGGAAAUUUUAAUCAUGUUCUGGUUGAUUGCCCUCCCCCACCCCACCCCCCAAAAAGAACAACAGACCAGGCCUUUCAGCAGGGAGAACAUUCCCCAUCGCCAUCAAAACUGGGUUGGGGAUUUCUUUCACAACUUGCCGACGGUCGCUGCUGAUCCCAUAGGAAAAGGAAGCACGUCUCAGGGGAAGAGGCAGGGGGACCCCCCGGGAUGUCCCUCCGCUUCCUGCGUGCUGCUGGGAACGCUCUCGCCGGGGACCCCCAGGUCUUCUGCAGGCCCGUUUCGGGGCCUUCUCUUGAAGCUUUCUUUUUGAAAAUCCACCUCAAGGAUGUUGAGAUUGAAGUGCGCCUGGUGCCCACCCUCAUGGGCCCCGGGGAGGGGGGCAGGCAGGGCCCCAAGAGACUUCACCCCGGGCCGCCGGUGGCUGAGGGCAUUCCCUCCGAGCCUUCUCAGGAAGGGGAGGGGCAGGUCAGGGACGCACCUCUGCUACCCAACUGAUGCUUUUUUCUUUAUUCUCUCCUUCCCAUCCUCAAACACAAGGGGUGUUUCUUUACUAAUAAUUGUUACUUUUUUAAGUGGAAAUACUAAUUUUUUGUAUUCUAUAAAUAACCAUUAACAAUAAUAAAGAGUGUUUCUAACA